AUGAGGAUGCCCCCUACAUUCGACCGCGUUGGUCACAAUCCGCAAAUGUUUUGGGUUACAAGCGCUGGUGGCUUCAACCAGGAAAAGCGUCUUAGAAGGAAGCUACAUCGUCAACUGCAACAAGACCGCGAUAACAAGUGGACGUCAAGAGCGAUGGAGUUUGAGAAGGCGUGGAAGGACAGGAAUCCGCGGAAAGCCUAUGCUCUACUAAAACAGUAUAGCGGCAAAACGAAAAGAUGUUCUCCUGUUUUCAAUACUGCCAAUGGAGUAGCUGUCGGUGAAGCAACCCUUCCAACUUGGAGAGGACACCUUGCUGAACCGGCUAGCACCUUCAGCUCCUGA